CCUACAUCUUUGCUUCCAUCUUGUGAUUGUAGCCCUAGCUUAUUAGAGCAUGAUGUAUCUGCUCAAUGUGUGUACAAGAGAGAAGGAAUUCUCUGGUGCCCCAUCCUACCCUGAUGCUUUGGGGAAUGAGCACCUGUGGCAGGAAGGCGCUGACUUUGCUCAGCAGUGUGUUUGCCGUGAGCGGACUGGGGCUUCUGGGGAUUGCGGUGAGCACUGACUACUGGCUGUAUCUGGAGGAAGGGAUCAUCCUGCCCCAAAACCAAAGUACUGAAAUCAAGAUGUCUCUGCAUUCUGGCCUCUGGAGGGUUUGCUUUUUGGCAGGUGAAGAACAUGGGAGGUGUUUCACAAUAGAGUAUGUCAUGCCCAUGAAUGUCCAGCUGACCUCUGAAUCAACUAUCAAUGUUUUAAAAAUGAUUCGUUCUGCCACACCAUUUCCGCUGGUCAGUCUCUUUUUCAUGUUCAUUGGGUUCAUCUUGAGCAACAUUGGGCAUAUCCGGCCACACAGAACCAUCUUGGCCUUCGUGUCUGGAAUCUUCUUUAUUUUGUCUGGUUUAUCUCUGGUGGUGGGCCUCGUAUUGUACAUCUCCAGCAUCAAUGAUGAAAUGCUCAAUAGAACCAAGGAUUCGGAGACAUACUUCACUUACAAAUAUGGCUGGUCAUUUGCUUUUUCUGCCAUUUCUUUCCUUCUAACUGAGAGUGCGGGUGUCAUGUCUGUUUACCUGUUCAUGAAAAGAUACACUGCUGAAGAGAUGUACAGGCCACACUCCGGCUUCUACCGACCCCGUCUUAGCAACUGCUCCGAUUACUCAGGCCAGUUCCUUCACCCAGAGGCAUGGGUCCGGGGACGCAGCCCUUCUGACAUCUCCAGCGAUGCCUCUCUCCCGAUGAACAGUAAUUACCCAGCUCUGCUUAAAUGUCCCGAUUAUGACCAGCUGUCCUCCUCUCCAUGCUGAAGGACAAAUGCCUCUCUUGCUUUUUAGGAACGAAGUGACAGCGGAGGCCAUGGGUCCUGAAUCUGUACUUUUCUUUUUCCAGUGAAUGAUAUUAUUGUUACUUAGAGAUGGAGAAGGUUCCCCUGCCCCAUCACAGCAAUGUGUGUAGAAAUAGCCAAUAAACUUUAGUGGAGGCUUUGAUCCUGCAGCUGGUCCUUAUGCCCAGAUCCCUUGGAGCCAGAGAUACACAGGGCAAAGAAACCCUGCCCACUGGGAAAAGCAACCCUACCCCGUGAAAGCUGGAUAUUGGAAAGAUGUUAACUGGGCAAGGGGAGCAUCGUAUCAUAUGUAAUGAAGGCUCUAGGUCAGGAGACUUUUAGUGGGAAAUGGGUUGCCAGCAUAUGGAGCAGAUGUAAAUUCCGGGUGAAUUUAGAAAUUCACAUCAUUAUUUAGCUUUUUUGGUAAAAUUGGCAUCUAGUUACAGGUAAUUCUUGCCAAGUCUAAGCUAAGUAUGUAUUUAGUUAAAAGUACCUCCUCUUUGCAUAUCAUAAUCCAAUAGGAUCGGAGUUUUCACUGGGAAACAGACAAUUAACUCUUGUCCAGAAUCACGUUCUAAUCUGGCAGCUUCUCAACUAGAUCAAAUCUUUUUAAGCAACAUCUUAAUAAUAAAAUGCUUGAUGCUAUGUGAGUAUAAACAAACUUCUCAUUUUCAAAUCACUUUAGGCUUUAUACACUAAUAAUGAGUUUAUGACAGAUCAACAGAAUUGCCUCAUCCAGUGGUAAAACUGACUGAAAAGGUUAUCUGAUAAUUGACACCUCCUGGACCUGAUGCCCAAGAUGUAAUUUAUUUAUUUUUUUCAAUGUGGCUUUUGUUAAUUGUGCGAUUUCCUUUCUUUUGGGUUCCCUUGCAAGGGAAUCCAGAGGACUGUUAGACUAUGCCAGCAUUCAGAUCAGAUCCUACGUGAAGAAAGUAUGCAGAAAGGGGGGGAUUGUAUUUAUAUACUGCACUGCAUUAUACACUGUGCAUACUCUUUGUGUACACAGUGCGUUACACACAGUGCGUAUAUAUACACUGUGAAUAUAGUUACACUAGCUUUUGUAACAAUUACUACACUGCUCAGAGGAUUACUUCAGACAUCCAAAUUCCAGUCUGCUGAUUUUUCACUGCUCUGAAAAAUUCCGAUGUACAACUUUCUAGAUACAUUCUAAAUUUUGAUUCGUGUUAUCUUGAAUUGUAAUCAAAAGCAGAUGGAAACCCCAAACUUCUCUGUUUCAAAAAUACUUGCAAUGAUUGACCACUUAUUUUAUUUUUUACAAUAUUAAAGAGUUUGAAAAUAACUGGAUCUGGAAGCAAGGUUAUCUGUGCUCAUCAACUACACAGGACCAUUUGGCAAAUGUACAUACAUGCAUUCUCAUUUACUGUGUUUAUCAAUGGCUUCUGUGCACUGAAUGUGUGUACAAUAAUGAAAUAUAUCUUUCCGCUGUACCUAAUGUCCAAGAUUUUAGUUUUCCAAGUCCAGUAAUGGAACCAAAAAUGGGAAAUUAUAAUUUAUCAUGAGAAAGCUAUAGUACUAUGUACACUCUAAUCUGAGCAUGUGCUAUCAUGAGCACUAAGGAGAGUAGCUUACUUAUAGCACUACCUUCUGUUAAGUUGAUCUCUCUCUUCUCUCUCCAUGUAACAGCAGUAUAUCAGUAUUCAUCUGACAGCUUAUCUUGCAGGACAUCCACUUGCAGUUCCUGAUAAGGCAAAGUGACACACAUGUUUCAGCUGCUAUUUUCUUUUCAUCCAGGAGAGCAGGGGAGGGAGACAAAGAGACUCACUCCAGUCUAGGCUGAAUAAACCAGCUUUCUUCGUUUGUUUGCUUGUUUGUUUGCAAGUGUUUUUAUGCCACUUCAGUCAAAGUGAUUCUGCGUGCUCUAAAAAGUGCUGUACACAUGACAACAGUUCCACAGCUGGUUUUGUUUUAAAUUCAUAGUAUUUUUG